GACUGGAAUGUACAAAGUUAAAAAUCACACAACACCAGGUUAUAGUCCAACAGAUGUAAUUGAAAGCACUAGCUUUCGGAGCGACGCUCCUUCAUCAGGUGUUUCCUCACAACCACCUGAUAAACCUGUUGGACUAUAACCUGGUGUUGAUUACUUUUAUUAACAUUAUUAAUCUAUGGAUUACAGUUUAUGAAGCAAUUUCCCUGCAGUUACACAUUGGGCCGAAGGAGGCAGCAAAACCAAAGAGUGAAUUCAGUCAAAAACGAAAGUAAUUGUUUUCAGGGAGGGGCUGCUGUUGUGAACGUCUUUACUUUUUACACAUCUGUCGGGAAAAGGUGGAAAGUGUUCUGUCAGAUUGUGGGAAAGUAAGAGCUCACUUCCAUCCGAUCCUCCCUCAAUCUCCUCUUCAUCCAAUCUCCUCAGUCCCUCUCUCCCAGACUCUCUUCCUGCAGUUUAACACGAUAAUGAAAGUUCCUGGAUGUACUUCCUGAUCCGAGCUCCUCUGCAGUGUUUGUGAAAAAUAUCUCAAUGAGGAAUCGUCUGACUUUCUGAAGCCAAAAGAAUAGUGCCAGAAGACUGGAAUUAGCAAAUGUUGUCCCCUUGUUCAAGAAGUGGAGUAGAGACAACCCUGGGGAUUAUAGACCAGUGAGUCUUACUUCAAUUAUGAGAUACUUCAAUCAGUCAUUUCCAAUAAUGCAAGGAAGAGUCUUCAGUUGUCUGUUACUGUUUGGUUUUCACACUGUGCUGUCAGAGAUAUUCGAUGUGUUUGUACCGGAUGAUCCCAUCACAGUCUCUGUGGGUAAAGAUGUUGUACUAGAGUGCCAAGUGGUCCCAGAUAUAUCUCUGGAUACCAUAGAGGUUCGAUGGUUUACAUCAGAUUCAGCUUCACCAGUUCAUCUAUACACUGGAGGACAGGAUCGGCCUGACGUACAGGACAAAGAUUAUCAAGGGAGGACAGAACUGUUUAAAGAUGAGUUUCCCCAUGGAAAUGCUUCUCUGAAACUGAAGAAGAUAAAAGUGUCAGAUGAAGGGAAUUACACGUGUUACAUUGACUCCAAAACACACCAUGAUCAAGCAGUGAUAGAUCUGAAAGUUGAAGAGUUUGGAGACUGGCCUUGGGUUCACGUGGAGGAAAGCAGCAACGAAGGACUUUGUGUUGUGUGUCAAUCAGACGGAUGGUAUCCUGAGCCACUGAUUCACUGGGUAAAUGGGAAAGGAGAAGAUGUGACAGUACAGUCUGAAACAGAAUUCAUUAAGGACUCCACAGGCCUCAUCACCGUCCAGAGUCGUAUUAAUGUUACAAGUGAUUCUGUAAACAAGUUUUCGUGUUUCAUGGAAAACCAGUUUUUGAGCAAAAUACAAGAGGCUCAUCUCCAGAUAUCAGAUGAGUUCUUCCCCAGAGUCCGUGCUUGGCUUGUCAGUUUCUGGGUGUUUGUCGUCCUUGUAAUUAUGGCUAUUGCUGUUGAUGUAAUGAUCCACAGAAAAGAGGACAAAAAGAUUAAAGAACUGGAGUGGUUCUGCACUUUGGAAGGAUAUGACAAAGUGGAACUAGACUGUGUCUCUGUGACCCUGGAUGUGGAAACAACGAAUCCCCGGCUCGAGGUGUCUAAGGAUCUGAAGAGUUUGAGAUGGACCGGGGCCUGGAGGAGUCUCCCUGACACCGAGAAGAGGUUUACAAACUGGGCCUGUGUCCUGGGAUCAGAGGGAUUCACAUUGGGGAGACAUUACUGGGAGGUGGAGGUGGUGGGGAAUAGGGACUGGAGUCUGGGAAUAGCCUCAGAGUCUGUGGAGAGGACGAGAUGGGUCAGUCUGAUCCCGGAGAAUGGAUUCUGGACCAUGGGGCGGAAUGGGAAUCAGUUUUAUAUAAAUACCUCUCCACCAUUACCUCUCUGUGUCGGUCAGAUCCCCAGGAAGGUGGGAGUUUAUCUCAGUUAUGAAUCUGGGACAGUUUCAUUUUACAACGCGGAGACCAAGUCCCAUCUCCACACCUUCACUGGGAAUACAUUCACUGGGAAACUUUAUCCUUUCUUCGGGACUUUGUAUUUCAAACACUUUCUGAGGAUCUGCCGUUAAAGGGGCGGGGCCUCCCUGACGUCACAAUGUCCAACCCCUCAGGUCAGGGGUCAGAACCCUGCAUUGACAUCAGGAUGUUACUAAAUGUGUCAGUAAAUGAUCAAUUUAUACUUUGUAAAUAAAUUCAAUAAUAAUUGAAAUGUCAGAUGGUGAAAAUAAAAAGUAAAUUAAA